AUGGAGAAUGGAGAAGGAAUUCACGUCGACUCUGAUGCCAGUUCGUUGCACAAGACCGAGACUGAAAGAAGAGAUGCAAACACGGCCAGUAGCGACGAUGACGACAGUGGCGAUGACGUAGACGAGAAGGAAGCAAAAGACGAUGCCACUCGCGAGGAAGAGACGACUUACGAAGAGAUACGAGGGGGUAUUCCAUAUGAACAUGAUGUUGAAGCACCACCACCAUUGGAAAAGAAGAAGUCUACGCGGUCGGUCAAAGAUCCGAAUCUGGUUACGUGGGAUUCAGAAAAUGAUCCUAGUAAUCCGAAGAAUUGGUCUAUGAAACGGAAAUGGGCAGCGACCUUAAUUGUUUCCUGCUUUACCCUUGUCUCACCAAUAUCGUCGUCCAUGAUAUCGCCCGCUCUGAGCAGCAUAAGUUCUGACUUCGGUAUCACGAAUGAAGUCGAAGCUCAACUCACCCUGUCCAUUUUCGUCCUAGCAUAUGCGAUUGGACCGCUAUUCUUAGGCCCCUUGUCUGAGAUCUACGGCCGCGUUCUCGUCCUACAGCUAUCUAACCUAUUCUACUUGGCUUGGAACUUGGGUUGUGGAUUUGCUCAAACGUCUGGUCAACUCAUGGCAUUCCGAUUCUUCAGUGGCCUAGGCGGAUCUGCGCCGUUGGCUAUUGGUGGUGGCGUUCUUAGCGAUGUUUUCCUGGCAGACCAGCGUGGCCGAGCCAUCUCAAUCUAUUCUCUAGCCCCAUUGCUGGGUCCUGCAAUUGGUCCCAUUGCUGGUGGUUUCAUUUCCCAAAACACGACUUGGAGAUGGUGUUUCUACGCCACCACCAUCUUCACCGCAAUGGUACAAUGUUUCGGCUUCUUCUUCCUCCAAGAAACAUACGCACCCAAGCUCCUCGAGUGGAAGCGAAACAAGCUACGCAAAGAGACCGGCAACCAACAACUACACACAGAAUUCGAUAGCCCCGACCGCACGCUUGCAACGACGAUCAAAAUCGCCAUGGUGAGACCCUUCAAGCUCCUCGGUACCCAACCUAUCAUCCAGGUGCUUGCAUGCUACAUGGCUUACCUGUACGGACUCAUGUACCUCAUGCUUUCCACCUUCCCCAGCUUAUGGGUCACGCGCUACGGCAUGUCUACGGGCAUCGGUUCGCUAAACUUCAUCUCCAUGGGCGUCGGUUUCUUCCUCGGCACGCAAAUCACCGCUCCGCUCAACGACGCUCUCUACCGCCGCCUAAAGAAGCGCAACAACGGCGUCGGUAAACCAGAAUUCCGUGUUCCUAUCAUGAUUCCUGCAUCGCUGCUCGUUCCCAUUGGCCUCUUCUGGUAUGGCUGGAGUGCACAGGCUCAGGUCCAUUGGAUCAUGCCGAAUAUUGGUGCUGCUAUCUUUUGCGCUGGUGUCAUUAUAGGGUUUCAGUGUAUUCAGACGUAUCUUGUGGAUAGCUAUACGAGGUAUGCGGCGAGUGCUAUUGCGGCGGCGACGGUGCUUAGGUCGUUGGCUGGAUUUGGGUUUCCGUUGUUUGCGCCGGCCAUGUAUAAUAAGUUGGAUUUUGGAUGGGGGAAUAGUGUGCUGGGGUUUAUUGCGCUGGCAUUAGGUGUUCCGGCUCCGUUUAUGCUGUGGAGGUUUGGAGAGAAGUUGAGGAGUACUAGUAAAUUCGCGGCUGGCUAA